ACACACAUCCACACACACAGACUCACCCCGCCGCCGCCACACUCACCCCGCCGCUGCCGCAUCAGCCACGCCGGGACGGCCGACCGAGCCCGCGCGCCGCCUCCUCCCCUGCUAGUCACUCCGGCCGGCCGCAUCCACUCGGCAAAACUACGUAUUCCAGUAGCGCCUGGACUGAGUUGCGCGCCACAAGCAGAUGAGCGCGCAGAGUCCCUGGAGCAACUAGCUAGCGGCAAAGGAGGAAGAAGGCCAUGUGAUAGUGAAUGUGCAUGUGCUCAGAAGCCAGCUGAACUCGCUGCGCCUAGCUAGCUAUCGACGGGCUGCUUAGCUGCGGCGGUGAGCCGGUGACUCGGAGGAGGCGGCGCCAACCCAUGGCCGGAGGUACAACGGUGUGCGUGACCGGCGCCGGCGGGUUCAUCGCCUCGUGGCUCGUGAAGCUCCUGCUCUCCCGCGGCUACACCGUGCACGGCACCGUCCGCGACCUCAGUGACGAGAAGACGAACCAUCUGAAGCGCCUGGAGAAUGCUGCCGGAAACCUCAGGAUUUUCAAGGCUGAUCUGCUGGACUACGACGCCAUGGCAGCUGCGGUCGUCGGGUGCCAGGGAGUUCUCCAUGUGGCCACUCCAGUGCCUUCAGAGAACCUGACUGACCCAGAGCUACAAAUGUUGGGUCCUGCUGUCACUGGUACAACUAAUGUGCUCAAGGCUGCCUCUGCCGCGAAUGUCCAGCGAGUGGUGGUUGUGUCAUCCAUGGUUGCCGUUGAGAUCAGCCCCAAAGAUUGGCCUGAAGGUAAGAUCCGAGAUGAGAGCUGCUGGUCAGACAAAGAAUUCUGCAGGAGCAUUGAGAGCUGGUACCCGGUCGCCAAGAUCAUCUCAGAAGAGGCGGCGCUCGCAUACGGGCGGCAAACCGGGCUUGACGUGGUGACUAUCAAUCCAGGGUUGGUGUUCGGCCCCCUGCUGCAGCCGACGGUGAACGCAAGCAUCCAGUUCCUCAUCUACUUCCUCAAAGGAGGCCCCGACCUGGUGAGGAACAAGCUCUGGCACGUCGUCGAUGUCCGUGACCUCGCCGACGCGCUGCUGCUGCUCUACGAGGUGCCUGAAGCAGCCGGCAGGCACAUCUGCGCGCCUCAUGUUAUCAGUGCCCGCGACCUGCUGGACUUGCUGAAGAGCAUGUACCCUGACAACCCUUUCAUUGCCAAGGAGAGCAUAUGUGAUAGAGAUCACCCAGCACCGAUGACUUCUGACAAGCUAAAGAACCUCGGGUGGAGCUGCCGGCCGCUGGAAGAGACGAUCCUGGACACAGUCGAGUGCUGCCAGCGGGCUGGGUUUCUUGACGGUGUGGCUGGGGAGACUCCCUGUCGUUUCCCUCCUAUCUUCAACAAAAUCUAGCCUCGGCGAAAGCAUGGAUUGCCGGCAAUGUUUCAACAAAACAUUGAAUCGGGGUGAUUGCUGCUUUUAUUUAUCUUAAUAAUCUGGACAAGCAUCAGCUUGCAUGUUGUUGUAUUCGGUGGCGCUGCUAUGUGUGUAUUGAUUGAUGUUCAUUCGAACUUGUAAAACUUUGUUUGUGUUUAAUUUCUACAUAAGAUGCAUGGAACAACCUUAGUAUGAGGUUGUUCGCAUUCUUGUCCCUACUUUGUUUCUCGUCUAUUUAUUUCCUACGAAAAGGAUGAAAACCUAUGAGUCUUGGUACAA